AUGACCGCCUAUGGACUCAUGUUCUUUCUCUCAAUCUGGGCUUUCGUGGCACAAGAACGUCUCCGUCGCAAACCGACCAUCCAUCUACUCUACUGGUCCUUCCGGCUCUUCGUGGUGGGCGGUACGACUACCGUGGCCAUUUUAUCCUACUAUCACAUCCAGCGUCUCCGAGUGUGGAUGUCCAAUUCUGGACUCAUCGCGAAACCGACUGGGAAAAAUCCCGAGGAUGAUUUGUGGACGUUCGGGCAAUUCGUGCCCUUAGCAUUAGUUCUAAUAACGCCGAUGGUAUUAAUCCAGGCCUUCAGCGACAACUGGGCGGAGAAGAGGGCGGAGAAGAAGAAAGAGAAGGAGGCAACUUACUCGGAAGAUAUUCCAAUGGUGGUGCCUUUGACACGAUAUGAAUAUAGGCAAGUAUAA